AUGCACUGGAUUGACAGUUUUGACAGUCUGCAGCUCGACAUCGUUGGUAUCAUCGCUGUCCUGGGCGAAGCAUCGGUUACGAGAAAUGCUCAGGUAACUAGUCUAUCGUGGUGGUCAGCCAUUCCUCGUCUCUUGCCAGCUCCUCAGGCACUGUUGGAGCAUGAGCGCAAGUAUCGACUUCCGACGGCGCCAGGUGUGGUUGCAGGUGCUUACUCGGGAAAUAUAAAGAAGGAGAUCAACUUCUUUACUCAGCUUCUCCACCAACGACCCCUGGAAGACUAUGAAGUCGAGUUGGUCGAAGUCACCCGCAGAAAGGAAGCGAAGGGCGCCAGUUUCGGAGCGCGAACAUUCGGACCGCUCCUCUGGGUUUCGCUGCUUUCGUUCGGUAUGAGCAUUGCUCUUGUUGUGCUGUCAGUGGUAUACCACGAUGGGUUUGCUUUGCUCGCAACAAUCAUGCUAUCGAUGGUGAGCUGUGCGGUAGGAUUUGGUACACGUUGGGAAUUGGUUUUCGCAGAACCAAAGAUCAAGGAAGAGCGAGAGAACAAGAUGCCUCGUUCGGAUGUCAUAAUAUAUUACCCAAACGGUGCCAUUCGAGUAAUUCGGCCUGCCUACGAGGAGAUUGCUCGUCUGUACUUCCAAACCGAACAUGCAAGGUACAAGAUAGAUGAUAUUCCUUAUAGGACACUUGCACUGUUUUCAACCAUCAUGCUCAUAGCAGGGGUUGUAUCUCUUGCCAAUGCGUCAAACAAGCUGCAAGUAGCGUAUACGGCAUCUUACGUACUGCUCAAUGUGCUCUACUGGGGCGUCUCAGCUUUGAACCCCUGCAGUUACCAUUGGAAGCAUACUUAUCAGACUCGAGUGCUCGACAUUGCGCCGCUCCCUGGUCCUCAUGACAGUGCACUGGACCACAAAGGUGUGGUCAAAAUGUCGAUCCGACAACUUCGGCAUGAAUGGCACCGAUUCCAAAGGUCAUGGGGCCUGGUCGAGCCCGCCAGAAUUUCCCGCACCUUUGCGGACCCAGAGAUUGGGGCGAGGACAUUCACGGCAGCACUGUGGACAGCGAUAGUUUUGACCGGUACCUCGCAAUGGCUCAACGAGGCGACGGCCAUCGCUCCGGUGAACGGGGCAUGGAAGGCGUGGAUCAGCGAGGCUGACUCGAAGGUCGAGUCGAUCGAUCUGUACGAGGGCAGGCAUCAACCCCAUCGUACGUCGGCUCUACCUCGACGACCGACGGGCACAAACUGGAGAUUCAGUCGUGCUCAAAACGGUCUGGAUGCCAGGGACAGGCGGCGCAUCAUCAUUCGAGACCGAAUUCGGGGGUGGAAGUACGAUCAACGACUCACGAGUAUUCUCGCGGAGCACGCCGACAGGACGAGAAAGCCAUACCCCGAUGAGACGGACGAGACGGUCGAGGCACCACCACCGGAAGAAGAGAAACACGUCGCGGCGAUAUCCAUCGAUGAUUCUUCCUCGGCUGCCAUCAUCGGUGAACGUCCGGCGACUGCCCGUCUAUCACGUCGAAUCGAGAACGGCGCUGGAGUAUCCGGGACGACAAUCACAGCUGGAGUGGAGGCGGAAGACAUGUUGACUGAAUCGGUUGCAGUUGAAAAGGGUAAACAUUGA